AUGUGUGACAGAGGCCUUGGGCAGUGUAAUCUGUGGUUUGCCUCGUUUGACGGAGCUGGGUAACAAGAGGCUAAUACCAGCCAUACGGCUCCGCUUCCUGUCGGAGGACAGAAAUCAUUUCUCCUUUCCUUACGGUGGGCGGGGCGCGACGACGCGACCCGCGUUGCUAUUGGCGGCGAGUGGGGGCGCGGAAACUGAACUGAUACAACUGCCGCCGCGGCUGCCUCGGGCUCCUCGGGUGUCCCUGGCUCUGUCAGCCCGGCCAUGGCCUUUUCCAGCCUGGAGGACCCCUCCCUGGAGAGGCACUUUAAGGGCCACCGAGAUGCAGUUACCUGUGUGGACUUCAGUCUCAACACGAAGCAGCUGGCCAGUGGCUCCAUGGACUCCUGCCUCAUGGUCUGGCACAUGAAGCCUCAGUCACGCGCCUAUCGCUUCACGGGCCACAAGGACGCCAUCACCUGUGUGAACUUCUCACCCUCGGGACACCUGCUUGCCUCGGGAUCCCGUGACAAGACUGUUCGCAUCUGGGUACCCAAUGUCAAAGGGGAGUCAACCAUGUUCCGUGCACACACGGCCACAGUGAGGAGUGUCCACUUCUGCAGUGACGGACAGUCCCUCGUGACAGCCUCUGAUGACAAGACAGUCAAGGUGUGGUCAACUCAUCGCCAAAAAUUCCUGUUCUCCCUGAGCCAGCACAUCAACUGGGUCCGCUGUGCCAGGUUCUCCCCUGACGGGCGGCUCAUCGUGUCCGCCAGUGACGACAAGACGGUCAAGCUGUGGGACAAGACCAGCCGGGAGUGUGUCCACUCGUACUGCGAGCAUGGCGGCUUUGUCACCUACGUGGACUUCCACCCCAGCGGUACCUGCAUUGCUGCUGCCGGCAUGGACAACACAGUGAAGGUGUGGGACGUGCGGACUCACCGGCUGUUGCAGCAUUACCAGUUGCACAGUGCAGCCGUGAAUGCCCUCUCCUUCCACCCGUCGGGGAACUACCUCAUCACAGCCUCCAGCGACUCAACCCUGAAGAUCUUGGACCUGAUGGAGGGCCGGCUGCUCUACACACUCCAUGGGCAUCAGGGACCUGCCACCACUGUUGCCUUUUCAAGAACAGGGGAAUAUUUUGCUUCUGGAGGCACUGAUGAACAGGUGAUGGUUUGGAAGAGUAACUUUGAUGUUGCUGAUUAUGGAGAAGUCAGCAAGGCGCAGAGGCCUCCAACCACACUGGCCAGCUCCGCCAGGAACCUGCCAGAAGUGGAUUUCCCCAUCCCACCAGACAGAAGCAGGAAUCUGGAGUCAGGGCAGAGCCAGCCACAGGAGCCCAUCAGCAUGCCCCAGACGCUGACCAGCACACUGGAGCACAUUGUGGGCCAGCUGGACGUCCUUACACAGACAGUGUCCAUCCUGGAGCAGCGGCUGACACUGACGGAGGACAGGCUGAAGCAGUGCCUAGAGAACCAGCAGCUAAUCAUGCAGAGAACGACACCAUGACCAGGGGAGCAAGAAUCAGGAGCUCAGUCAAUUUGGGGGGGGGGGGCAGCAGGCCAGGGAUUUGUAUGAGGGACCUGGGUAAAUAAAGGGAUUCAGUCCUAUGGGAAGCACAUGUAUACCCAGCCCUGGAUCGGGCCCUCCUACCCUGCAUCUUGCUGUUCGCACCUGCAGGCCCCCAGUGGGCAAGGCCCACAGAAAAGAGGCUGAGGCCCAGCCAGCAGCAUCAUAUUUUGACAAAAAGUUGCCUUUUGAAAAAUAUUAGCUGCCUUGGAGUCCUGAGGUUGUGGCUAUCCCCCCGAGGAGCCUCACCAGGUUUAUUGCACUACCCUUGCCUUGUGCCCUUCCCCACUCCCGCCACGGCUUCAAAAUAGGCCGCCCACUGCUUGUGUGAGCCAAGACUUUCCUCCCCAUUGGACAGAAGCCCCAGUGGGCCCGCCUGAGUCAGGUUUGUCCAGGAAUAAGCUUGGUGUGGCGUGGGUGGUGGCUUUGCAGUGGCCUUGAUUUCUGUUCCACAUAUGUUCUCUGGGGCCUGACGGCUUCUUCCUUUCUGCAUGCAUGAAAGCAGAGGAAUCUGAAAAUUAAAACCGACUUGAUGGA